AUGUUGACAUAUUUCGAUCAUUUACCCGUGGAAAUACUUCAUAUGGUCUUUCAAUACAUGUCGAACAGUGAUGUUUUCUAUUCAUUUGACGCUUUAAGCCCAUAUAUAAAUGCUGUGUUAAAUGAAUAUUGUUCGCGAACAAUCGAUCUACGAUGCAUUUCGAAAUCUCGUUUUGAUUUUAUUUGUAACCAUUUAGACUUAUCGAGAAUUAUCUCGUUGACUUUAUCCAAUGAUGAUCACACACCUCAACAGGUGCAGUUAUUUUUUACUCGUUUUCGUCUGGAAGAUUUUCUCAAUCUUCAAUCGCUGACACUUUUAUCUAUUACCAAUGAAGAAAUUCGUCUGAUUCUUUCCGAUCUAUCAAAGCUAAGACAUCUUUCAUCGUUAUUGACUACCUCUCGAUCCGCUGAACCGUUAUUACUUGGCCAAACGUUGACUCACAUGUUUGCUCUGAAAAAUCUUUCGAUACCCUACGGAGAUAUAUUUGAUCACAAUGUGGCAUUUCCAUUACAUGGCCUCAAUGUACUGGAUGCUGGAAUCUGUAAUUUCUUAGAACUACGUCGAUUACAACGAAUCGUACCAUCGUUGGUUUCAUUGAAAAUCAUCCUAAAAGCAAAUCAUCAGUUGCAAUUGUUAGCAGAUGUAAAUAUUUGGGCACAAUUAGAACGAUUGGAUCUCACGUUGCAGAAUAAAAUGACAACAAGAUUUGAUGAAAUCGAUGGACUUCUUCGUCGCUUUGGCAAUUUAAAGCAUUUAUCAUUGAAUAUUCGUGGAUCGUCGAAUGAAUUGGCCAAUGGAACUCGUUGGGAAACGUGUCCAACAAUCGUUUCAUUAACAAAGUUUGCAUUUAGUUUCGAAUUCGUACCCUCACUCGUCGAUUCACCGGAACGAAUUCACGACAUUUUCGUUAGUUUCUGCAGUUACUUUUGGCGUGAAUUUAAAAAAUGGUAUGUCAUCGUUACUGUAGAUAAAAUCUAUACCAUAACUUCUUUCGAUAACCAUGAAUUUCUCGAAUGCUCGUGUCCGCCACUGUCCACAGCACCCAAUGAUCAGUGGUUUUAUUCCAAAGUAAAACGAAUAAAACUUGACAAACAGAUACCAUUCAAUAAUCUUAAUCUUUUUUCAAAACUUGAAAUACUCGAUGUUCCCAACGAAUCAACACUUUCAUUACUUCUAAAUGUUAAUCAAUUUGCUUAUCUUCGUCAUCUGAUAUUACGUCAAUCAUUUUUAAACGAAACCGCUCAGAUAUUUCUGACAAGAAAUUCACAUAUCGACCGUCUGACACUGUUGCAAUUCGACUACACUGAACUCUUUGUCUUUCCAACUAUUCGAUAUUUAUAUCUCGAAGAAUCAAUCCGAAUUCUCACUCGAACACAAAUCAAAAUCCUCUCCCGAACAUUUCCAUCACUCACAUCUCUAGUCAUACAUUUGAAUGACUUUCAAUUGGUAUAUACAAUCAUUGAUCGUUUUCUUCAUCUCCAAAAUGGAAUCUUUCAUUUUUACAAAUUGACCAAACCAAUAUCACAACAGUCACUCAAACAACAUACACACCUUGAAUAUACAGCGUCUUCGUUUAUAUGUCGAACCGAAUCAAAAAAAUUCGUAUUAUGGAUUAACAAUUCUAAUUUACCGAGAGAACUGACAAAGCCAAUUGAGAUGAUAAAUUCUAUAGCAGAACAACGAUCCGAUAAAUGUUUAUUGCAAUAA